AUGGCGGAACAGGAAUCCCAAGUGCAUCGCCAUGCUGAUGCAGAUGGUCACUUCCGACGCAAGGAUUCCGCCUUCCGCUCGACUGUAUCAUCGAAUCCUGAUGCAGAGUUCCCUGCUGAAAGGGAUCGUUAUGUUCUAUACUUGAACUACGGAUGUCCGUGGGCGCACCGGACCAACCUGGUUCGAUCUCUCAAGGGCCUAGAGAACAUCAUCCAGCUCGUCGUUCUGGACCCCGAGCUGGGCCCCGAAGGUUGGUUCUUCUCUGGCCGAUGGGGAUCCGCAGAAAAAGAUCCCUUGUAUGGGUUCACAAAGUUGAGCCAAUUCUAUUUCAAGGCGCAGCCGGACUAUCAAGGACGCUAUACCGUUCCGAUGCUCUGGGAUAAGAGGAAGGAAACGAUCGUGAACAACGAGAGUGGCGAGAUCAUCAGGAUGCUUUACACAGAGUUCGACCAUCUUCUGCCGGAGGAGCUGCGUGAGGCCAACCGGCCUGGCGGGGGAUUCUACCCGGCACAUCUGAGGUCAGAGAUUGACGCAAUGAAUGAGUGGGUGUAUCACAAGAUUAACAAUGGAGUGUACAAAACCGGAUUCGCCACAACGCAGGAGGCUUAUGACGCGAAUGUGUAUCCACUGUUCGAGGCCCUGGACCGCGUUGAGCAGCAUCUGGCACAGCCAGGCCAUCAACCAUACCUGUUUGGGGAGAAUAUCACGGAGGCGGACAUCCGACUGUACACGACCAUUUGUCGGUUCGAUGUAGCCUACUACCUCAUCUUCCGCUGCAACCUGAAGAUGAUCCGACAUGAUUAUCCGCUCCUCGACCGUUGGUAUAGACGACUGUACCAUGAUGAAACGCAGCGUACCCGAGGCGGAGCAUUCAAGAAGACCACUUUCUUUGGCAUAUACAAGUUCAACUAUCUGAAGGCGCUAGGAAAGCGGUCGGGCAGUACUCAGACGAUCAUCCCGGCUGGUCCAUUCCCGGACAUCCUGCCCUUGGAGGCGUAG